AUGGAGGACUCGGCGGAUAUCUUCGACACCGCGUUGUGCGCGCUCUUUGCAAUCUCCCCCAUCGGCUUCUCCACCUCCUCCCCCGACGAGCCGCACGUUUACACUCCGCCAGUCGGGGCACCCGUGCGUCUCUGGCUUCCUCAUCCUCCCGCGAGUGUCCAUGCCGCACUGCAGGCCAACCAUCUUUGGCUGUCGGCGGUAUUUCUAGCCGACCGAAUCGCGAGUGGCGACAUCUCCUUUGUCACCAACCGUUCCUACCCCAACCCCUCGCCCCAGACCUCCAGCGUCGUCGAGCUCGGUGCUGGCGCCGGCCUCCCAUCCAUCAUGGCGGCACGAUGCGGUGCCCGUGUCACAUGUACGGACUAUGACAAUGCGGUCGUCGUCGCCACAAUCGCGCGUAACUUUGAGGCCGACAAGCCUGGGAACUGGGCCGUCAUGGGACAUAGCUGGGGCACAGACGUGUCCAAGCUCCUCACCCGCUCGGAAUGGGGGUACGACGCCAUCCUACUUGCCGACACGCUGUGGAGUAGCGACAAGCACGGUAUCCUCCUCGACUCGGUGACGUCUCUCCUUCGCCGCCCAGCCGAGGGGUACGCAGGAGGGGUGGUACACGUCGCUGCGGGGCUGCAUACCGGCCGCGGACCCGUUACUCGCUUCAUCGAGAUGGCAGCAACGACGGGGCUGAAAGCCACGUUUGAGGGCGAGGUCAAGUGGCUUCCUGGUGGCGGAUGGGGACCACACCAGUGGGAAGGGGGGGAAUUGCAGGAAGAGCGCGGGGUUGUCGUGUACUAUACCCUUCGCUGGACCUAG